AGAGAGUCCCGCACUUCUUUUAUUUUAACAUCCGGUUUCAAAAACCUAAAAGGAAAACACGUAAACAUUCAACAGAUUAAUUAAAAAAGAAAAAUGUUUAGUCCAGUGGAAACCAAAGAUGGGAAAGAAUCCAUUGUGGAUGAUUUCAUGUAUGGAUCUAAUGUUGCAACAGCUCAUGUUUAUGUCCGUAUGGGAUUUCUAAGGAAAGUGUAUGGAAUUUUAUCAGCACAGAUUUUACUGAGUACGAUAGUAGCCGGUGUGAUUUAUUCCAGUUCUACAGCCACAGAGUUUGUUCAGACAAAUAACUGGAUGUUGUUGAUUGCCUUGAUUGGUUCACUGGGUUUGAUCUUUGCAUUGAUGGUUUACAGACAUCAGACACCGACCAACUAUAUCCUUUUGACAGCUUUUACUGUAAUGGAAGCUUACAGUGUAGGAGUAGUUGUUACAUUUUAUGAAGUACAGUCUGUUAUUGAAGCUUUUAUGUUGACAUUUGCUGUGACCGCUGGCCUUACCAUAUAUACUCUACAAAGCAAGAGAGAUUUCAGCUCAAUGGGAGCAGGGUUAUUUGCAGCUUUAUGGAUUUUGAUCAUUGCAGGCAUAAUGCAGCUGUUUUUCCCAUCACCAAUGAUGGACAAAGCCAUUGGUAUUGGAGGUGCUUUGGUCUUCUCACUCUUCAUCAUUUUUGAUACCCACAUGUUGAUGCACAAACACAGUCCAGAGGAAUAUAUUGUUGCAUCUGUUAACCUGUAUUUGGAUAUCCUUAACCUCUUCUUGCAUAUCCUCAGAGCCAUUGGAGAAAGGAAAAAUUAGAACUUUCUUAUGUUACAGACUAUGAAAAGUGUGCUCUCCAGAAAAUAAAGCUGUUGAUUUAGAUAAUAUUUUACGUUUUUAGAAAAUGUUCUGUAUUAAAAAGUGUCAGUGAAUAAGUUUGAAACUUUUUUUAGGAUAAAAUCAUGUUAUUUUUACUGCAUAAAUGAUAAGUUUGGAUAUACUUUACGGAAAUUGUUAUUCUUUAAAACAAUUAAUAUGUAUGAUUAAGGCAAUCUAUUGUCAUAAUUUAAAGUCAAAUGAAUAAUUUAAACCACAAAGUAAAAAAACCAACAGAAAGUUUUGACGCUAAUAACCUGAACAAUUUUAUAUUUGUUUGGUUUCAAAAUCUGUGUUCAGUUUAUUUAUUUAUUUUGUUUAAAUUUAAUGGAGACAAAUAAUGCUGUUGUAAUGUUUAAUAUAUAUAUACUGUUGUUGAUUUUUAAAAGUUUAUUGAGUUACUUUAUAGUUUACAUAACAAUGGUGAAUUGUAACUCUAAACCUUGAAUAUGGAAACAAAUUUCCUUGUUAUGCCCAAAAAACUCUUUCCACCAAUUCAGAUAUUAAAUAAUUAUUUAAUAUUUUAAAUUAUUUUUUUUGGAAUGAGCUUUAAAAAAGAACAUUGACGUUAAAAUAAAAAUUUGAUAUGAGCAACUUUCAUCAAAUGAAGAUUAUUUUGAGAGGAAUCUGGAUGAAAAAAAUCUUAAAAUUUUGUGGGCCAAAUAAAGGCAUUCAUAUGCCUGCCUUGCAGCUUGUUUAAGGUACUGCAUGUUCUAAAAAGUGCCAUCAUUAAAUUUGGUAUAUGUUUUCAUUUAAAAAUUAUAACCAAGUUUUUAUUCAUUGCUUUUUUAAUGUCACAUGAACAGAGUUAGUGUACUAUGGUGUCCUGAAUAUAGGGACUUGUAUUUCAAUACUUGCUAUCAUUAUAUAAUUAGAACAUGGAAUAUGUGUCAACUUUUAAGUACAAAUCUCCACACUUGUAGACAGUUCUCUAGCUGAAAUUUAUAGAUAAUUUAACUAAUUUUUUAAUGAAAAUGUAUGAAGCUAAGAGAAUAUCCUGAUGAGAAACUUGAAUUCCAGCUGUAAAUUGUGAAGUUUCAGGGGUACAUUUAUGUUGUGGAACUGUUGUGUGUUGUCUUAGAAACAGACAUUGAUGUAUUCAGAUUUUAAUGAUCAUUAAAUGUAAGCAGCAACAAAUAUGAAAUUGAAUCUUAAAUGAAGUGAUAUCUGAAAUGAUACUGCAACUGCAGUUGAUGUGUCAUGUAACAUGAUUACCUUUAUGUACAAUAUAGAUUUUCUUAUUACUGAUAGGAAUAAUGUGAAGUAUGAUAUUUAAGUAUAUUGUCCUGUUGACAUUUAAUACUAGCCAUUAAGGCAAUCUCGCAGCUUUAUCACGCUGUAAAGUCUAUUUCCUGACAUUCAUUUAACCCAUCUUUUCCAUAUAAAUUCAUUGGGUAAAAUUUUCAUGGUUUGUCAUGGUUUAAUAUAAAUUUUAGUAUCAUUUUGCUACUGCAAAAGAAUUGUUAUUUCUUUAAUGGAAGAAUAGGUUCAUGCAUAAUUGAUUGUGUGGAUUAAAUUAAAACUGCAAGUCAGUGUAAAAUUUGUGAUAUUUGAUGUAUUAAAUCCAGAGAUAUUGAUAUUUCUAAAAAAUGAGUUAUUAAUUCAUAGAAUAUGGAACAUUUUAUACAUUUGUACAAUUUUUCAUGGAAAUAAUCUGAUUAAAGUUUUGUGAUUUAAUGAUUUAAAAAAAAAACUGUUUUUGUGCCAAACUUCUCAAAACUUGAUUUGCAAUAUUGUGAUGCUCCUAGAAACAAGAUGAUUUAACACAAUGCAAUAAGUCUUUAAAGCUAUUUGAUUAGCACUAGUUUGGCAAGCUGUAAUAUCAAUACACUUUUUAUGUGUAAUCAAUAUUUUCAUUUUUGAAAUACAUAUCAUUUGGUUGGAACUUGGAAAAUCGGUGUUUUUGCCAUCAUAUAUGAUUCUGUCAAAUGAGAUAGAUGCAUAAAAAUAUUUUUUUUAAUGAAAAAUAUGCUUAAAUGAUUAAAGCAUUACUAAUGAUGAUUUUUGGUAUCAAAAUAAGGACUAUUGCAUUUCUAGUAAUUCUAUUGUAUUUCUAGUAAUUCUACAUCAAAUCAUGAGAUGGUAUUGGGAUAUAAUGUCUGUGUUUAUCAGUUUUGUUUGUAAUUGUUUGUGCACAUGUACAAUCACAUCAUGAAGGGAAAAUAAUAAAAAUGAUUUCCUAUGA